AUGACUAAGGAGAGCAGUGCCCUCAUCCAGAAGGAUUUGCCCACAAAGAAGAAUGAUCUAGGGAGUUUUCACAUCCCUUGUACUAUAGGGGAUACCAUAAUUGAUAGAGAAUUUUGUGAUCUUGGAGCAAGCAUAAAUCUAAUGCAUCUGUCUCUCAUGAAGAAGCUUCAAAUCAAUGAGUUGAAAUCCACAGAUGUAAUACUUCAAUUGGCUAACAAAACCCAGAAACAAGCACUAGGAGUAGUUGAAAAUGUACUGGUAAAAGUAGGAAAAUACUUGCUCCAUGCAGAUUUUGUUGUUCUUGAGAUGGAAGAAAGCUAUCUCCAUCCAAUCAUUCUCGUGAGACCAUUCUUGGCCACAGCCAGAGUACUCAUAUAUGUUGAGCAAAGAAAGUUAAUAUUGAGAAUACAUUAUGAACAACUCACGUUUCAUGUCUUCAAGCCCUCACAUAAAUCUGAACAAGAGAACAAAGACCUGAAGGAUGACCACAAGGAAUGCAUGAAGGAUGAUUCUGGAGAUACAAACCUAAAAGAAGCAGCCAAUGAAUCAAAUCCAGAGCAUCCAAGAUCAUGCCUGAAAGAGAAGAAAUAA